UUUUAUCGAAACUUGUUUAGGUGCUCCCAAAAAGGUUAGAGGUCAUACCCAAAAGGCCGAAAUAUGGAAAAUGAAUACUACUGAAAGAAUAGAUGUCACAUUUAACGACCAUGGACAACCAGUGGGGGAAGAAGGCAAAGAACUUGUUCAGUAUCUUGGGACACUUGUGAGGAUGGCUGAUCAUGUAUCAAUUGAGUAUUCUGACUGGAGAAAAGUUCCUAUGAAAAAUAAAGAGGAUAUGUAUUCGCUUGUUAAGUCCAAAUUUGCUAUUCAUCCAGUUGAAACAAGUGAGAUUAAAGAAUGGAUAUUCCAAAACAUGGGGAAAAAAUGGAGAACGUGGAAAGGUGUAUUAAAGUCACGUGGAUAUGAUCCAAGCCUUACUAUUGACGAAAUUGUGACGCAACAAACUAAUAAUGACAAUAGAGUGAAUCCAACUCAAUUUAAAGAACUUGUUACUCGUUGGUUCACUCCGAAAUUUCAGACUACAUGCGCUGCAAAAAGAUUGAGUCGCUCAAAGAUGAAGGAGCCUCAUGUAACCGGGACAAAGUCGUUUGCUAGACUUGCUCAUGAAGUGGCAACGAAGAAUGAUGGUGUAUACCCGACCCGAGGAGAAAUGUAUAUAACAACUCGCACUCGUAAAGAUGGAAGUUUUGUUGAUGAUAAAGCAGCUAAUGUUGUGGCUUCACUCAAAGCUAUUGCAAGUGACUCUGCAAGCAAACAUAUAGAUCCGCAUGAUUUUACAAAUGAUGAAUACUCAAAAGUUAAAGGCCCGGAGAAAAGAGGGUAUGUUCGAUUAGUUGGAAGAAUGCCAGCCACAAAAAGUAAAGGUGAUUCUUCGACUAAUUCACAUACUAUUCAUCAGCUUCAGAGUGUUGUGAACGUUAUGAUGAACAUUAUCCAAGAACGUAUCCCCGAUGCAAACUUGCCUACAGUUCUUAGCAAUAUGAACAUACAGGUCCCCCGCGUCGGUUCUUCGGCUCCUAGCAACUCUUUACCUAGUAACGAAUUAUCAUCUUCAAGAAGUGACGAUAUUGAUGACAGAGCUGAAAACAUGUGAAGCCUUGGAGGAAUAGAGAUAACAAGAUUAAUGGAUUGCUUGGCACUAAGUUUUUUUAGAGUAUGAUUCGUAUCGAAAGAACGUUUUGACUUUUGUAGACAUUAAUUUGUUUUCUAACACUUAUAGUAUGUUUUGGAUCGAACUUUUAGUUGAAGUUAUGACAUUAUUAUUUUGCUA